GUGGUUCUGAUGUCAAUUUGGCUAGUGUCGCCCUGGAGAGCCAUUAACGAUAUAUUUGCAACGCAAACGAGCUUUGCUCUCGCGAUCAUGCAGAACCACCAACGAUUUGCAUAAUCUUCGAUGUAGUGUGCGAAAACACAAGCCUAAACCUGUCGGCUAUUCAUUUCAUUUUGGGUCGAUGAUCACGUAUAUAGACUAUGUAUAGCCGCCGUUACGUCUGCUUCUAGAUUACAGCACUCACUCGGCAACAAGUCAAAAUUAGCAUUCAGCAGUGAUCAUCAAGUUUAAAUAAUUCAACCAUCAUGUAAAAUUCAUCCGUAGAAAAAGAUGUUUUUCUCCUGCUGCGGUCGAUGAAGAUUAAGACGUUCGUCUUGGCUUGUAAAACGACGAUCGAUUAAUUUACUUAUCAGGAUUGUUCUCGCUUCAAGCGCCAUCUUUGAUGCCAUUGCAUGGGUCAGUGCCAUGAAGUGGAAUCUACUUUUGCUUUCAUUAGCCUGUAUGGCAAGCUUUGUCAAAGGUAAGUUAAUAAACCAACUCAGCAUAAAACAAAAAGCUCAUGCAUUUAUCUUUACGACUCGUGUUUUAAAAACUUUUGUACAUUGAGUACGCCUGCACUGACCUUUCAGAGUUUUAUAAAUGUUUCAGUAAGCAAUAUGUCAGUAUUGCAACAGUUUUACUCAAAUUAUCUGUUUAUGCUAUAUUACGAAAUUAUCCUCAACGAUUCACUGUGACGGCAAACCGUAUAUCGAUCCUUAACUAAAACUGGUUUCAUUGUAUUGUGUUAAUUGAGUUGCGUAUUUCACGAGUACAUACUGAGUUUGUGUACUCUGGAGAAACAUUAACAGUAACCAAGGUUUUUUUGAGAAGUGAAAAUCGAUAGUACUUUUUAUUGUUGUUCAAUUAUAUUUCCAUAAUAUAUUGUGAUGUUUUUUAUUUCCAUUCAGCGUGGUUAAACCGAAGUACUUGAAUGAAGGUCUUGAAUAUGCUCUCUUCACCUAGAGAUAAGAGAGGCAUUAAAGGCCGGAAGAUCUAGCACUGUUGCUAGGUUUUUUCCCCUACCAAUUGAUUAAAUAUCACUUAAUAAGAUGAAUGAUAAUGUACAAAAUGUCAGAAACUAAAGAACAAUUGUUAGAGGAUUAUUCAAUUUAUAUUUUCUCGCAUUGGUUGGUCAAGUUGCUGCAUACCUUAUGACGAAUGAGCUGUACUAAAUUCCCACCAUUAACUUCCGCACACUAAAUAAUUGAUGGAAGAGCUUAACCGCUAUUACUCAUAUAUCAGUUGAGCUUAUAAGAUGUUAGGACUUGGAAGUUCAAUUCUAUUCGUCCUUUUAAAACACUGUUCUUGAGCUUAGAGAAAUCAAUGGAAUUAAUCCUGAGACUGAGUUCUUCUGAUGAAUUGCAUAAACGGAGUUUUUCAAAGGAAGAAGAAAGAAAGACUGUAAAUACUACACCUGCAUUUGCAGCGUACGGUGGAUUCAUUUUGUAAAUUACAAACAGAGUCCAGUUAUAAUACCAAUUUGGACUUAUUCGCAUUGUAUGUGCUCCAAGCGAAUUUCAGUUGUAAAUCUAAAUUUUCUUUCAAAUUGUAUGUCUUAGUGCCGACUUUGGGCCGGUAUAGUCUUCUAAACAACAGUAAAAUACUGUUUAAUAACUUUCAACAAGGUUAAACCUGUUCAAUGUUUUUUUUUUAUCACGAAUUUUAAGACAUGGUCGUCAUAACACUUAGCAGCAAUGAGAUACACACUUACUGCUUCGAAAGAUUACCCUCAUCUUUUCUAGUGCUAUGUCGAAAUCGGAACCCUGAGGCCUGGAUCGGAACAGUAACGGUUCGCAGGCACCAAGAAUCCGCUUUCAUCAUGACAGACUCCGUUUUGUCCGCGUCGCAUUAUCUGAUCCUGGAUUAUUAUUCAUUCAAAAUAUUUCCCCAAUUCUGAUUGGUUAAAAGCACCCGCAUAAUUCACCAUAACCAUUUACUGAUGACCAAAUUUGGAAGAAUUUUGUGUUUAACGAGGAAAUGACGUCAAAAAUGCAGCCUUCUACAGGUUAAUGCACCGUUAACCGAGAAGACCUGGGGACGAGGUUGAGUUGUUUUCGUUGUAAAAACUAAAAUGGCGGACACUUCACUCGUUUCAAGAGCAAGAACUACAGCUGGAACUAGGCGAUCUAAUGCCUAAAAACACAGCAAAAACAGCAAGAAGACAACUCGGCAUCUGCUAUUUGGAGAAUAUUUGCUGAGCUGGAAAAACCUAAACGUACACUAUCGAAGAUAAACUUAACAUCGAUGCAGGUAAGCUUGUUUUAGCUAUGUUUUUAAACUAGGAAUGAUUUUGAAUGAAUAAUAAAGCAAUUAAUGAAUCCGGCUUUCGUAGGAUAUGAAGAAUUAAGCCAUCUCGGGGGGUGUUAUCUACCUUGGCCUUCGGCCUCUGUAGAUAACACCCUCCUCCAUCUGCUUAAUUCUUCAUAUCCUACUCAGCCUCAUUCAUUAAUUGCUUAUUAACGAA